ACUACUCGGAGUAAAAGCCACCAGAAAAAGACUCCGGACACUAGGAGAGGGUGACACGAUGCUGUGGUUCAGUCUGUGUUUGUCCACCAAAGACACGGCACCGCAGCAGCAUUACUCCAGAGUAAACCUGACCGCAUCAGGCUGCCUGAAACGAUAAAACGUGACGUUACAGAAUACGUACUACUGCACCCUGUGUAUUUUAUUUUUCUUUUUUUCUUUAUCAGUCCGUACUCAUUAAUCAAGUUAGACCUGGUACCAAGACCGUCUGAUAAUCUUAUAGUAUACCAAAUGACUACAUUGUAAAUACCAUUGUGGCAUUGAUAUCUAAACGUCAGGUAGCUUAGUCCAGUGAAAAGGAAAAGUGAUAAUUGACACCGUGUUAUCGUGGACCCUCAUAGUGUGGCUCAAGGGUGAAAAUCAUUGGAUCGAAGAGAAGUUCAAGAAACUUAAAAAUAUUCGCAGGAGAUGUAAUAAAAUAAAGAAGACUGACAGCGCGGAACAGUAAUAAUAAGUGGCUAGGAUUUACUGGAGAUUUGCCGGGUGAAAUACGUAAUGAGGGGUGAAACCUGACAGUAUCAGCGGGUGGUUCGGAAGAGGUGUUUCUUGGCGUAUGAAGUCGAUAGAAUCCUGGCAGUGACUAACUGGUUCAAAUCAUCCCUUAACGGAAGAGGGAAGAAGUGCGAAAAGGAUAUACCGCGGGAGGACAGUCAUGUGCUGUUACUGACAAGUGGUUACACCCGGCUGUCAUUGUUAUACGCGAGAUUAUCGGGGCGGAUAACGUGCUCUCGUGAUAAGAUAAGGGCUGCGCGAGAUAACGAGUGUGGAAGAGAUAAAGGGUGCUUUCGCGGCUGGUGCGACGUUCGGCUACGCGAGUCGUCAGGCCGGCUCUGGGGGGCCGGGCCCUGGGGGUGUGAUGAGCUGCCCCGAGGUGAUGUAUCAGGCUUACUACCCUUACCUCUAUCAGAGGGCACCACCACCCCCACACCCAACCCACCCCCAUGCCGCACCACAUCCCCACACACAUGCGAAUCCUCAUGCUGCUCAUCACAGCCCUGCCAGGCCUGCACCUUUUCAACCCUUUUCUACGGCCACCGCGACGCACCAGUACGACAGGUUGAACGUACAUCAACGGUCGUUGGAAGCAGCGGGGCUGGAACUCUGCGCCGCCGGCGGAAGUGUACCACAAGGACAGCCGAGCAGUGCAGGCUCGGUGGGAUCAGCGCCGAGUCCAGCAUCCCCAAGACCAACUCCUCAACCAAGAGCACCCUUAGCCACGACUACAUCGCAACCCUCGAGAACGUUAGAUGAUGAUCGUUCAACGGACGGUGCUGGUACCGGUGCUGAAGACUCCGAUGAUGGUGAGAGUAGGGCGCAAUAUGUGAAUGCGAAUUGCGUGGUCUUCACGCAUUACCGCGGGGACGCCGCGACGGAAGUUGAGGAACACUUUCAGCGUGCACUGGCACACGACAAGCUCAAAGAAAAUAUCUCCCCGAUGGCCAUGAGGAAUUUUCCGCCAUCUUUUUGGAACAGUCAACAUCCUGGUGACGUUUACGAUUAUCCAACGGAUCCGUGGCAUCCGCACUAUCCUCAGUAUCAUCAUAGAGCCGUGCACGAGUAUCACCACCAUAACAUGGCGGCUGCUGCGAGUUACGGUGGUUUGCUGUUGGGUGGUGCUCGUGGCCUUGGACACCAUACGUCCCACCAUGCUGCACACCAUGCGCAUGCUGCGGCGGCUUCCUAUAAGGACUGGACGUCAGCGACGCCGUCGCAAUCCCUCGUAGACGCUUCUACGGCGCCCCCUUAUCCCCAUGGUCCGUACGCACCCUUAUCCGGUUUGGAAUCGCAGGUGCAGGACUCCAAAGAUCUCUACUGGUUCUAGAAGCAAUUGGAACGAACGCGCGGGAUUUUCAAAAAGGAAUUUUAAGGAGUUUCAUGGAAAUCAUUUUUAGUGAACUCUAAAAUCCUCAAGAUGGCACUGUAAGAAAAAAAAAGAAACUACGGAUACCCAUUACCACUACCUGCUGCCACAAUCGCUAUCUGGACAAGGAAUUGAUGGAUUUGUAAAAAAUUCGAAAUUCGCGCCAACAAGAAGAUCCCACGUGUGCAAUAAAAUUUCGUAAACGGAAAAAUAAUAUAGAGAAAGUUUACGAAAAAAAAUACUUUUGUUACUUAUACAUAUUAUCUUAGAACGACGCGAGCCGAAAUAUUGUGUAAAUCCGUGCGUAUGUGUAUAGCGCAUUGCGUCAUACGGGUGAGAGUGUUUCUAAAGUGUACAUAGUGUUACCUAAACCUUUCGAAGGAAAAAUCAAAUAACUAUUAAUUAGCGUUAAAACUAUAAUGACGGCGUAGAAGGGGUUAGGGGGGUGGAAGAGGAGGAUGACAGUUGGAUGAUUUAAUAGAAAAGUAUUGUGAAUUGAACAGGUUGCGCGCGCAUCAUUACCCUUACACGGUCCAUAGUCCAUAGUGAAUAAUUGACUUGGCGAAAUGGCCGAUGGAAGAAAAGGAUGGCGAAGCGAAAGAAGAAAAACGAAGCAAAGGACAGAGAGACAGGAAAAGAGAAAAAGGGGAAUAAAAAGGAAUCUCUAGUUCAUAGUGUGUAGACAAAGGAAUAUAUUAUAUAGUGAGAGAGAGAAAAAUCUGUGCCUAACGUGACGUCACGUUUAGGACCCGUCAAAAGUGAAUGAAUGAAUCACACGCGUGAGUUAAGAGUCGACACGGGUGUAAAUGGUGGCCUCUCUGAUAUCUCUGUUAUAUAUCUAUAUCAUUUUAAUUAUAUUAAUUAAUUAAAUAUCGCUGAAAGCUUAGUCGACGUGUAGAAGAAUAAACGAGUAUUUAUUGACCAAUGAUCUUGCCAUACGUUACGUGUAUUAUUGUACGAACGGAGAGAACCGGAGGGGCCGUGAAAAUUAAUUGACGAUUCAAAUGCAAAGUGUUUCUUUUGAAUUUAUCAAUUAUUCGUUUUUUUUUUUUGUUUUUUUUUUCAAAAAAAUAUCCUAUUUGAAAAUGAAAAACACUUAAACGAAUUGCGACAAAAGAAUGACGAGAAAUGUUCAACUUUUCGGAUAAAUAGUUGAUGAAAUAAUUAUAAUAUUUGAAGAAGAAAAAUAAGGAAAAAAAAAGACAUGCGAUUUUUCUUUAUCCCAAAUUAUUGCAUACCUGCAUCUGCGCAUAAUGCUCCUACCUACCAUACACAAUAUCAUGCAGUACCAUACUUUACCAUAUCAAACCAUAUUACACUAUACCAUAUCACACCGUAUCACGCCAUACCGUAUUAUACAAUACCAUACCAUAUCAUACCAUACCAUACCAUACCAUACAGUACUGUACCGUAUCGUACCAUAUCAUUGCCUAGAGUACGUAAGCACACCAUACCUAUCGUG